ACAUACCGAAAUAAGGGGGAAGAACGGUACGUAGCGGGAAAGAAGAUACUCACCCAUUAUGGUAUCGAGCAAGCGGAAAGAGAACGUUCAAUUCUGGCGCAAGUUGAUCACAUCCACGUAGUUCGAUUUCUGGGAUCGUAUUUUGACCAACGGACAAGCGAGUUCUGUGUCUAUACGGGUUACGUCCCCGGCGGAACGCUUGCAUCAUGCCAGUUACUCGAAGCAGAUGUGAAAGUACUAAUCCGUCAGGUCCUGGAUGGUCUUAUCUUCCUACAUCGUCAGAAUAUCGUGCAACGUGACAUCAAGGGAUCCAAUUUGUUCAUCACAGUCGACGGCUGCGUCAAAUUCGGAGACCUUGGUUGUGCAACUGUUAUCGAUCUAACACGGAAGCUGCUUUCUCGCUCCGCCACCCCUUGUUUCAUGUCUCCGGAAUUGUUAUUCACUGAUCAUUAUGAUGAGAAGACUGACAUUUGGAGUUUGGGCAUGGUGAUUAUUGAACUGUUGAAGCAGAGGCACCCUUGGGCGAGGAACAAACCUGCUCGUAUUGUUGUAAUGAUGCAUGAGCGCGAUCAACACCUACCGACGCUGCUCAGAGGGAUCACUUCUGAAUCGAUCAAAUCUAUUCUGGGAAAAAUCUUCGUAGAUCAAGGAGCCAGACCUUCCGCUCUCCAGUUGGUGAACGACAAGUGGUUCUCAAUUGCUUAAAGGAUGCCGGAUU